CUGCUGCGGAGCAAUGGGAACGUAACAACAAUCGGGGUGAGGUGCCCCAGCUGUUGUCUUCUCACCAUGAGACUGAAGCUCAGGAAUAUUUUUCUUGUGUAUUUUGUGGUAUCCAGUGCUGGUCUUCUGUAUGCUCUGCUACAACUUGGCCAGCAAUGUGACUGUGCACACCGAGUGAACUCUGCUAAUGAUGUCUUAAAAAAGGAACGGUCGCACCAUUGGGGCAAAGCGAACUUGCCUAUUAUUUAUGUAGUAACUCCAACUCAUUCAAGGCCCCAUCAGCGAGCUGAGCUCACCCGUCUAUGCCAGACAUUCCUUCUAGUACCUGCCCUGCACUGGAUUCUAGUGGAGGACUCGGCGGAACGCACUGCGGCCGUAGCUGAACUCCUGGCACAGAGUGACUUGCCUUACACACACUUGAAUGUGCAGACUCCACCAGCAAUGAAACUGAAAGACUCUGAUCCAAACUGGCUGAAGCCACGUGGGGUGGAGCAGAGGAAUGAAGCAUUACGCUGGCUUCGUGAACACCGGUCUCCCGGAGAGCGCGGAGUUGUGUACUUUGCAGAUGAUGACAACACGUACAGUGUUCAGAUCUUUCAGGAGAUGCGUUCUACCCAGAAAGUGUCUGUGUGGCCUGUUGGGCUUGUUGGGGGUCUGAGAUAUGAAGCACCACUUGUUGAUAAUGGUAAAGUAGUUGGCUUCCACACUGCCUGGAAGACACACAGACCUUUCCCUAUAGACAUGGCGGGAUUUGCAGUAUCCUUGUUGUUACUCCUAAACCACCCGAGUGCACGAUUUGACCCCGACGCUGAGAGAGGUUUCCUGGAGAGCAGUUUACUGGGACAACUUGUGACCGUGAAAGAACUGGAGCCACGAGCGGAUAAUUGCUCUAAGGUCUGGGUGUGGCAUACAAGAACUGAGAAACCAAAGCUCAAGCAGGAAGAUUUGCUGGAAAAACAAGGGAGGGGAUCCAACCCCAAAAUAUUGGUGUGAUGUAGUCGCUGUUUGACAGAUUAUAUUUCAGUUUAUAAAUGUGAUACAGAUUUGUCCUCCAUUUUCAGACAUCAGCUACUGUUGUCACAUGAAAGCCAGAAUCUACAGCGUCCACUUUGCUUAAAUGUUUAUCUUGAAUGCUUGAGGUUCUGUACAUUGUAACUGUA